GCGCGCUGCUCGAGGUUUAGUUCGCGCGAUCGCCGCAGUAACACACGCGUUCUUACAGAUAUGGCCGCAAUCGACAUGCUGGCCUCGGAACAAAUGUUUUACGGCCACAGCCCGCCAGCUGGCUUCCUCGCCGACUACACACCACCAGUCAGAAGACCAACGAAACUGACGUCUCGAGGAUAUUCGGCGCCAUGUUUGACAGCUGCCGCUCUCAAACCAGUCCAGUUGAGCCUUAAAACAGCUACGCGGUCUUGCAUCAGAAUGCCGACGGAAAAGAAGAAGAAGAAGGUGGUUUUUGCCGAUGAUCGAGGGUUAGCGUUGGAACAAGUGAAGUUUAUGACGGAGCCGUCGCAUGUGCCGCCGUAUUGGGCUCUAAAAGUGGUGGCGAGUCCUCCACAGGAACGAAAACCGCCUCCUCAACCGGCGGUGGAUCUAUGGGAAGCCAGGUUCGUUCAGCCAGCGUCAGAUUAUGUGGAAUUCCGGAGGAGGAUCACGGAAGACUGUGUUGCAUUGGAGAAUGUGAUAGUGAAACAGAAUGAAUGUGCCGUAGACGGGACAGUGAAAGUUAAGAACUUGGAUUUUCUCAAAGAAGUGUUUGUCAGAACCACCUCUGAUGGAUGGACGACGAGUGAGGACACUUUCUGUGCGUUCGUGGAAUCAGGGCCUCUGAACAAGAACGGCGCGUCUCUGUAUGAUACUUUUGGGUUCAGAUUACAGCUGCCAAUCCAUUCUAGACGGCUGGAUUUCUGCGUGUGCUUCAAAUGCAAAGGGGAGGAGUACUGGGACAACAAUAAGGGACAGAACUACACGAUAGAGAAGUCUUCAGUCAGGAACUUGCCAGCCGUUUCUACUGCUAGAAUAAAGUUUGGAAACUCUUGGAUCGCGCGGUCAGAUGGAAAUGGAAGUGUGCCGUACUGGUGAAAUUAAUUUGUCCAAUGUUGGUCCAGAAUUCCAAAUAUGUUGGUUUAUUUGUGAUUGUUAGUGCCAUACCGUUGUGUGUGCCAAAGGAUACACUUCAGUAAGUCGGGACUUGGAAUUUAUUUCUUACAUUCGAGCCGAGUGCUCAAACGGUGCUGAUUCGAUCAGGUUCUGAUACAACCUGAUAAAAACGGUAGCUAGAUUAAUUUGCAUGGUAACUAAUGUAGGUAUGUAUAAAAACAGCAUGCGAAUACUAGCAUUGAGAAUACGAAAGUCUAUCUUAUGUUAUAUUCAUUUAAGGGUCAUACUCGAGUACGAAAACAACGCUGUUUGCCAAAAUCGAGAAAUUAUUUUGAAGUACGAGUAUUCUCGAAUAUAAUUUUAAUGAUAUUUAUUUCUGAGAUAACUACAAAUGUCUGUUAACUGAGACAGUGAUAGAUAAAUUAUACGUUCACUGACUCAACUCAUUGUCAUGUUUAUUUAUUUGUUAACUAUACACAUCAGCUACGUGAUAAUGUACUUAUAUUAUAAGUUGCUAAUUCACUUACAGGGACUAUUUAUACUUAAUUAACAAUCGGAACAAACAUUUCAAUGUCGUUAACAAAUUAUUACUUAUUACCCGACUACGCCAGAAGGAGGGUCAUGUUUUUAUUAUUCUCAAUUUUGGCAAACAUACCGUUUGUUAGUGAGAAAAAAUGUAAAUAAUAUUUAAGACUGAGAUUAAUUUCUGUUAAUUUGGUUAAAUGUUAAGGUGAUCGCAAUCUAUAGGUCUGCUAUUAUUAAUUAUAUUUGAUUAUACAUGCCGUCGAUAAAUUAAGUCGAAUAUAUAAUUAUAAUUAUUAUUUAUAAAUCAAUUAUAAUUGUAAUAUAUUUCACUUAAUAUUCAUAAAUGAAUUUAUCUGAUAAUGAAGAAAGUAAAAGUAUACAAGCAGUAUUGUCCUAAUUUAGGCAAUAUUGCCACUAUAUUGUCCUUCUAAUUUAGGCGAUAUUGGCACUAUAUUGUGGUCUUGUAUAUUUAUACUUAUUGUCCAAUAUGUCUUUGAUAUUUGUACGUGAGUGAUGGACAGGUGUGUGUAGGUAUAUGACGUUUAUAUACGUCAUGUUGCGUCACGUCAUAUUAUUGUCUAUACGUCAAUAUGUGUCAUCGUCAAUACACAUUAUUUCACGUAUGUGACUGUUGUCUGACGUUUAGUACUCUAAUUGUACCUUACUACGGUUAACUAUGAUUAUUUUUGACGGUUUGAAACGUCAAAUUCCUAAUGUGCCAAACGAUGGAGAUUAUUUUGAGAAAAUAUUAAUUUGAUCUAGUCAUUUACUGUUAUUAUGGUCAUAUUUCCAUUUCGAAUAAUAAUAAUAGUGAUUUAACUAAAUACGGCGUAAGGGGAUGGCUAAUAUUGUGUCUUUUAUGAAAUAAAAAUCACUAUGUUAUAUAAAGUUCCUAAGAAAAUGACAGGUUUUAAAAACAUUGUCAUAAAAACUAUAUUUGAGACACUAUUCAGACAUGUUCCUAAUGAACUUAAUAACUUUUUUUUUCUUAAUCUAAACUAGCAUUUUUGUGUCUAUUUCACGCCUAUUUCGAUAUAAUGUUACAUUGGACCAAGCGUGGAAACCCCUAGUUUCGAUUGAAAAUUAGUUCUUUUGGUAGCAAAUAAAAUUCGCGAUAAAAACUAUCUGUGAUAACCCAAAAUUAGCAAAGGCCAAGCCACGUGCUUAAAGUAUGUAGUAACGAGAGAUAAGACAAAUUGCCUAUUUGUUUGGUAAUUAUGAAGGUAUUCAUCUCCUUAUCUCCGGAAAGAUAACAGAGUUGCAAAUACUGACUUUGUAAUUGUGUUACCAUGAAUAUUAAUUUUAAUAAGAUCAUGUUUAGACUAUAAACUAUUGCAAAUAUUUAUAAACAAUCAGGGAAGGGGCAGGGGCAUGUAUUACAUAGUUGCUGGCUGUUUAUCAGGUUAUUGGGGUCAAGUAGAUCCUGGCUAUCAACAGAGCAGUAGGAACAGUUUUUCAUCUAAAAGUUACUUAAUUUUAUAAAAAUAAAUAAAAUAAUAAUAAUAAUAAUGUUUUCUCCAAAUGAUCUCCUAUUAAUUUGAGAUUAGAAUAUUGCUCAAGAAUGUAAAAAAAAUCAGUAAGAGUUAAUUAAAUUGAAGAGAUAGCUAGCUAAUGUGAAAGAUGAACGAACAUUCUUAUGUAGUACGUUGUACAUAAUAUUAAUAUUGUUUCUGUAUUAAAAUUCUUAUUUUACUAAACUUUCUGCUCUAUACGCAGCAAAUUACAGUUUCGAAUAUUGUUUUUUAAAUAAAUAUUUAUUCAUUAUCUUUUGAUUCUUUUUGAGGCUUAUAGCGAUGCUUUAAUUAACUCUUACUGGAACACUAUACUCUGUAUCUGUGCUAUUUCAAUGUAAACAUUUCUGUGCCAAUAUAGUGUAAGGCUACUACUUUAAACCGAGUCUGAAUAUAGUGUACACCGCAUUUUUGUCAUAAUAUACAAAAUUGUGCUAGUGUAUUAUUUAUAAUUAUUCUGUAACAAUAAUCACGCUACAGUGAAAUGUCAUUAUAGCGAUGGAUUUAUUUGAUAAAUAUACAAAUAAACAGCGAAAUUAUCUUAAAUAACUUAUUAUUAUAAUUAGUGUAUAAGUAAUAAUGAUUGUAAAUUUCCAAUAAUUGCGUUCCGUUGUUUUUUAUACGAAUUAUUUGAAAAAGAUGAUGAAUGGAAGUAAAUUAUUUUUGUCGCGAAAGUUUAUAUUUAAACGAAUUAUCAUUAUUUGUAAAGAGGGUUGUAUAAUGAUUUUAAUGAAAGAACUGAUUAAAUGUAAAACAUUUAUUUUGUAGAUAAUGAUUAUGUUUAAGUAAGUAUGUUGAGUUGUAAUUAUUUUCUACGUGAAUCAGUUAUGACAGAUCCCAUAUUUUUAAAUAC